AUGGCGCUCAGGGGCGGCUUCCUGGGCCUGUUGGCCUGGCUCUUGCUCCUGCAGCCACGGCUUGGCCAGGCCCGCUCGGCCUCCGCGCCCUCCGACCCCUCCGAAAUUUCCGAUCCCUCCAACCCCUCCGACCCCUCAGAGUCCCCUCCGCCCACCGACAAGAUGCUGCUGACCCCGCCCGUGGCCACGGGGCCCACGGGGCCCACAGUUAUGGUGUCUGCUCCAGCAUGUGGCCACAGGUCUAUGAGGAUAGUUGGUGGAAGGCCAGCCGUGCGGACAAGGUGGCCCUGGCAGGUGAGCCUGCAGAUCAAUAAUCAACACAUAUGCGGAGGCUCCCUCAUCUCCAAUCAGUUCGUGCUUACUGCAGCCCACUGCAUAUUUGGCCAUCUGGAAUACACAGUGAAGCUGGGGGACGAAGACCUGAAACAUCGAGCCCCAACGUCAGUCGAGAUCCCAGUCAAAGACAUUGUCAUCCACCAGUAUUACUCUCCUCUUGGAAUCAUCGAACAUGACAUUGCACUUGCUAUGCUGGCCUUCCCUGUGAAUUACUCCACACACAUUCAGCCUGUAUGCAUCCCUGAAAAGUCUUUCUUGGUAGAAACUGAUACCUUGUGCUGGGUCACCGGAUGGGGCAAGCUAAGCGAGCUAGAAAGGGCAUCAGAAGAGCUUCAGGAGGCUGAGCUAAACAUUAUUCGUCACCAGAAAUGUAAUGAGUUGCUUCAGAAAAGGACAAAAACUAAAGUUCAGUUUACCAAGGAAGGGACGGUCUGUGGCUAUAAUGAUGAAGGAAAGGACUCCUGCCAGGGAGACUCUGGGGGCCCCCUAGUCUGUGAAUAUAAUACAACAUGGAUCCAGGUGGGAAUUGUGAGCUGGGGCAUUGGCUGUGGUCGCCUUGGCUAUCCUGGUAUAUAUACAGAAGUUAGUUUCUACAGGGACUGGAUAGUUACUCUAAUGAACCGGGCUUCCUGUCUGGACUCAGCAAACUUCCUCAUGUUAAGCCUGUGUGUAGUCAUCCCGGUGACCCCGUGAUUACCCUGGCCCACUCCCCUCCUGUUUCUGAGUCUCCCACUAGGCCUCUCCUCUGACUUCUCUUUCCUUCUCAAUGCCCUUUCUUCAAAUUCUGGUUGGGAUUCAUCCCCCUGAGGAGAUCCACAUGGAGCACAGCAGGGAGACUGGGGCCUAUGAAGUGUCCCAGCUGGUGCUCUGCUCAUCUGCCUCAGCCAACCUGUGCCUGCUGGGAAUAUGGGUGAACUGAUUCUAGCUAGAGGGCCAGCAGACCUGCCAUUGGGAGCGUGGUGACUUAGGGACACCUUGCAGAACAUCUGCCAAAGGAGAGAAUUCAUCACGGUGAAGGAAGGCCGAACCUGGCCCUAAUUUCAGGGUCUCCCUGAGAAUUUGUCAUACCAACCUGCAAGGUGAUUGCAGAGGCAGUGAAGGAGGCCCUAGCAGGUCCCUGCAGAGGUGUGAGGCCUGGGACUUUAGCAUCUGUCUUGGUGCCUGGAGUUGGCACAGGUUUCCCUGUACCCAGUGUGGCUCUGUGAGUGGGUAGCCUGUGGCACACAGGCCUCAUGGGGCACCCCAGACUGGCACCUCUUCCUCAGGGCCCUAGUGGCUGCAUUAGGGACACUCCAAGUUGUGUUGAGGCAGUUUUGAGUGUGGAGAUUUCAGAUGUGAACUGAAUAAAUGUUUGUUGGAGA